AAACCGAACGCAUCGUUGUCUCGUCAAGUAGCUCAAUGGCUACUGACGUUGUAAAUAACACACAUCGUUUGGUUUUAUUUCUAUUUUAUCUGAAAAUAUGAGAAUGCAUUUCUCACCUGGGCGGUGACACGAUAUUUCUCAUGCAUUGCUCGACCAGAAAUGACUGGCAGGCUUCAUUAAAUCAGAGGGAGGGGGCCACAUUUCGGUUUAACACAGUAUUUGUAGUGUAAAAAGCUGCAGAGAUGAAGAUCACAGACAGCGUGUUACGAAGUUUCAGGGUCGCCAGAACAUAUCGAGAAAACUCCGAGAAAAUCAACUGUGUGGACUUCAGCCCAAAUGGCGAAAAUGCAAUAUCAAGCAGCGACGACGACUGCAUCGUGUUAUAUGACCUGCUGGAGGGGAAACCCAACGGGACCCUGUUCAGUAAGAAGUACGGAGUGGACCUGAUCCGCUACACACAUUCAGACACACAGACAGUGAUCUACAGCUCCAACAAACUAGACGAUACCAUCCGGUACCUGUCACUCAUUAACAACCAGUACAUCAGGUAUUUCCCAGGUCACACUGCAAGAGUCAUUGCUCUCUCCAUGUCUCCGGUGGAUGAUACGUUUAUCUCGGGCUCACUGGACAAAACGAUCCGGAUCUGGGAUCUGCGAGCACCAAACUGUCAAGGUUUGACUAACCCUCUGGGGAAGCCGGUCUGUUCCUUUGACCCUGACGGGCUGAUAUUUGCUGCGGGGGUGGAAUCACAGGCCAUUAAACUAUACGACCUGCGGGCUUUUGACAAGGGUCCCUUUGCCUCCUUUGAGACGAGGUUUAAUCGUGUCUGUGACUGGACCGGACUGAAAUUCAGUUACGACGGGAAACAGAUUCUCAUCUCCACCAACGGAGGGAUGAUCCGAGUCCUGAACGCUUUCAGUGGAGCUGUGCUGCACACGUUUUCUGGCUACAACAACAGUAAAGGCAUCUCCCUGGAGGCCUGUUUCACUCCCGACUCUAAGUUUGUCAUGAUUGGCUCAGAGGACGGGAGAGUCCACGUUUGGAGCACUGAGAGUGGGAUGAAGGUGGCCGUGCUGGAUGGGAAACAUCCAGGACCCAUCAACACGCUGCAGUUCAACCCCAGAUACAUGACGUUUGCCAGCGCCUGCACCAACAUGAAGUUCUGGCUCCCGUGUCUUGACGAGUCAUAGAGGGACGUUGCCAAAGUGAGUCCUCGUUGUGAAACACGUCGUGAUGUAAGAGGAUGUGCUGGGCUGACUUCCUCUGCAGGAUGAGAGCCUCAGAGUCUGAACGUUUUAAACUUUUUUACCUCCAGUAUUUUCACUUUUAAAGGUUUGAUGCUGCUCCGACUGAACAUACCUCCUGUUAAAGUUUUUCUUCUUUUACCCCACAUCAGGAAUAUUUCAUUCAGUUUGCAUUUUAACCAUGUUUUUACCUUUUUAUGUGAAAUUCAAUGACUAAAUAAUUGGUCUGUUUAUUGUUUAAUUAUUUGAUAUUAAAGUGUUUUGUAUUAAAAAAUAA